CAGGUGUGUUCCUUUGUCCCGGUUGCCCGUCUCCCAAGAGAAGAUUGUGCAGGAAAGACCUCGGAACAUGUAGUGGUCCUCAGCCAGGGAACGUACCAGCCGCGUAGUAUCGGGUCCAUAAAAGCAGGCGCGCUGGUCCUGAGGACCGCAUCAGCUUCGGCGUUCCAGAGGCGGAAACAGCAAGGAUGGAAGGCUGCUUCGGGAAGGCCUUGCUUUUGAUGGGAGUCCUUUCGGCUUGUGGGACCUCCUCGCUUCCACACCAGCCCCUGACUUACGACGAGGCGGUGGGCCUUGCCGUGGCCGUCUACAACAGCAAAGCAGGAGAAGACUGCGUCUACCGGCUCCUGGAGGCUCGCGCUGAGCCCAGAUGGGAUCCCGUUUCCGAAAGCCAUCCCGAGCUGAACUUCACCAUCAAGGAGACCGGGUGCCUGUUGGAAGACGCCCUUCUCUUUGAGGAAUGCGACUUCAAAGAGGAUGGGGUGAUCAGACAAUGCCUCGGCUAUUACGUCUUGGAGGAGAGGCCUCCCGUAGUUGUGCUCAGCUGUGUACCUGUGGGUGGAAAGCAGGAGAAGAAGGGAGAAGAAGUGGAGAAAAGGGAAGAGGAGAAGAAGGAAGAGAAGAAGCAGGAGGAGGAGAAGCAGGAGGAGGAGGAGGAGAAGGAGAAGAAGAAGGAAGAGGAGGAGAAGGUUAUAUUGGACUUUUGCCCCAUUUUUAAUGCCCUUCCCUGCCACCACUGUUCAGUGCAUCAGCGCCGUUGACAAACCCGUAACCUCGUCAUUAAGUGAACCCGGCAUCUCCCCCUCCUUGACUUCGGUCGUCGGAAGGCCGCAAAAGGGGGAACGUGGGACACUGCGACCAUCAUAAAUACGAGUCGGUUGCCCCAAGCUGUCUUCAUUUUGACGCUAUCUCGGUCGUAAGGGCGGGAAACGGCCCCAAGGUCCCAUUUUUCAAGGCCUAAACCCUCCGUCGUAAAGCGAGGACUAUUCCCAAAACGGGUCUUGCUUUUCGAUCCCCAACGGAUCAACCUGAUCCUGACCCAACACGUUCUCCUCUAGGAUCAGCCCCGCCGGGCGAAGAGAUUCCUGCGGGUCUUCAAGAAGCUGAAAAAAGGCAUGGAAAAAUUGUUCCGGAAAAAGAAGCUCGUUCCCGGAUCCGUCGCUUCCUAAGAGAAGAUUCCGGGAGGAUCCCAUCUCCGAUCUCCGAUCCCAGAAAAAAAUAAAAUAAAAUAAAAUAAAUUCCCUCCAUAGGAGAACGGUGGAGAGAAUGCCGAGUUUUGGGAAUGAGGGUGUCAAUUUUAAAUUGGAAUUCAAAUUAGAAUUAAAAUCUGAAUGGAGCUGGGAAAGGGAAAAGGAGAAAGUAGAUAAUAGUAGUAGUAGUAGUAGUAAGAGUAAGAAUUAGAGUUGGAAGGAACCUUGGAGGUCAUCUAGUCCAACCCCCUCC